AUGAGUGUCGCAUUCGAGCCUCGUAACUUUAUUCAUGAUGGGAGCUAUCCUCCCAUCGGCGACGACCACGAUCAUGGUGCGGAUCAAAGAUUUACAGACAGUGAUGUCGCCGAGCAACUCAGUCAUUACACGACCGAGGCGUCCAUGCUUCCGGAUACCACAGGCGUUCUUGGAGAUGAUAGAGGGAUGAUGCCAGAGGAUGCUGCUGCUGUCCAGGAAGCAACGCGACUCGACCUAGGACCCCACUCGUUUCCGUCCCCGAUCGAGGAUGCUUUGCAAGCACCAUCACUCGACCCUCUACCCGACGACAAAGAUCUUUCCCCGAGUAUCGAAUCUCCUCCUCCCUUGUCUUCUCGAGUGAAGUCCAUUCCAAAGCCCGAGAGAGAUGCGGUCAAGGGUGCUGACGGCAAGUUUCACUGUACCUUGGAUGACUGUAAGGAAGAAGUCCGAGUAUUUUCGCGCAAAUGCGAAUGGAACAAGCACAUGGACAAGCAUGAACGACCGUACCGAUGCCCUGCUGAGGGAUGCGAAAAUCUCCCCGGUUUCACAUACUCUGGCGGUUUGCUUCGGCAUGAACGAGAGGUUCAUGGCAAGCAUGGAGGACCCAAGAACACGGUCAAUUGUCCUCAUCCCAACUGUAAGCGACACACCGGCAAGGGAUUCUCAAGACAAGAGAACCUGAAUGAGCACCUACGCCGGGUUCAUACCAAUCCUGAUGGGUCUACUCCUACCGAAAUCGUUCAAUCACCCGGGGAUAACGACAGCGAAAAGACGGGCAUGAAGCGCAAACGCCACUCCAGCGAACAGGCCACUGAGGAACUGACCGAACUCAGAGAAGAAGUCAAACGCCUGAAGGAGGAGAAUGAGAAGCUGAGGGCUGAGAUGAACCAAAACUCCCAACAUUCUCUGUCUAUGAUGGCCCAGAUCGCCGAGUUGCAAGACGCUCUGCGUGAAGGUCUCGGACAUCCCCUGGGAGCUCCCACUGCGCAGAUGAUCUAG